CUAACAUACAGUUUGUAUGAAUAGCAACCAACCAUUUCCAUAAUAACAAUCCAAAGUCAUGGUUUCCUUGUUAGCUAAUCCAUUCCUCAAUAAACAACCAUUGUUGAUUUUGAUAAUGGUUCAUAUGUGUCUAACAGUCUAUCUCUCUUAUGUUUUUGCAACAAACAAUAUUGAGAAAACAUUAGAAGAGACUGAAGCAACAGAGGCACUUAUAAAAUGGAAACUCAGCUUUGACAACCAAAGCAAUGCAAUGGCUUCAUGGGUUGCGGGAGAAACAAGUCCGUGCAAUUGGUUUGGAGUUGCUUGUGAUGAAUCCGGAAGAGUCGCCCAUCUUAACCUUUCGCGCUCUGCUUUGAAUGGUACGCUUCGAAAUCUCAGUUUCUCGUCCUUUCCUAAUCUUAUUAGUAUUGAUUUGUCAAACAAUGUCAACCUUUACGGAGAUAUUCCGCUUGACCUUUACAAGCUCUCCAAACUCACUUAUCUUGAUUUGGCCGGUAACCGUUUCUCUGGAUUUCUUUCUCCGACCGUCGCAAAUCUUUCCAAUCUUUCUUUUCUUCGGUUAUCUGCUAAUCAGCUUUCUGGAACAAUUCCAAGAGAGAUUGGCUUAUUGACAGGUCUUCAUGAUUUUAAGAUUGCUAUCAAUCAUUUCAAUGGUUCCAUACCUCAAGAAAUUGGAAUGAUGAAGUCUCUUAUAAAGCUUGGUUUAGAUACUAACGACCUCACAGGCCUAAUUCCUGCUUCUCUAGGAAACUUGACCAAUUUAGCAGAGAUUUACCUUUUUGGUAAUAAUCUUUCUGGUCAUAUUCCUCCAGAGAUUGGAAACAUGGUCAACUUAAGCAUUCUUCUCCUUUAUGGCAACCAACUUUCUGGACAUAUUCCACAAGAAAUUGGAAAAUUGGAGAAGUUAACCAAGCUUGAACUUUCUAGCAACCAACUUUCCGGUAAUAUUCCUAGAGCUAUGGGAAAUUUGAGUAACUUAGAAGAACUUGAUCUUGGUGCCAAUAAUCUCUCCGGUUCACUUCCUUCUUCUCUAGGAAACUUGAGCAAUAUUUAUUUUAUGUACCUUUAUGGCAAUAACCUUUAUGGACAUAUUCCGCCAGAAAUUGAAAACUUGGGAAGGUUAACCGAUCUCCAGCUCUCUGAGAACCAACUUUCAGGAAAUAUUCCUAGAGAAAUUGGGAAACUGAGCAACUUAGAAAUUCUUAGCAUUGAAAUGAACAAUUUCUCAGGUGCACUCCCUAGUUCCCUAGGAAAUUUAACAAAACUCAAUAGCCUAAUUUUGCACUCAAACGAACUCAGUGGUUCUCUUCCUGUGGAAAUGAAUAAUCUCACUAGCCUGAAAAAUAUGCAAUUGGCUUUUAAUAACUUCAUUGGCCAUUUGCCGCAUGAAAUAUGUGGGGGUGGAUUACUGGAGCGUUUUAGCUCCAAUGAGAACCAUUUCACAGGCCCUGUCCCAAGAAGCUUGAGAAAUUGCAGCAGCCUUAUUAGAUUAAGAUUUGAUGGAAACCAACUGACAGGAGAUAUAGCAGAAGCAUUUGGGAUUUACCCAAAUUUGAUAUACAUAGAUUUAAGUGGUAAUAAAUUCCAUGGUGAGCUUUCACCAAACUGGGGGUUGUGCCACAAUUUGACAAGCUUGAACAUCUCGGACAACAAAGUUUCAGGCUCCAUACCACCUGCACUUGGACAAGCGAUUCAGCUACAAGGGCUCGACCUCUCCAGAAAUAAUCUUUCAGGAACGAUUCCAGAGGAGCUGGGAAGCUUGAAGCCAUUGCUCAAGCUUAUGCUAAGUGGUAAUAAACUAUAUGGACAGAUUCCUAACAGCGUUGGAAUGCUAGCUAAUCUAGCGAAUUUAGACCUUUCAGGAAACAAUCUAACUGGUACAAUUCCAAAAGAGCUUGGGGGAUGCUUCAACUUAUUAUUGUUGAAUUUGGCAGAUAAUAAAUUUGAGGGAACAGUUCCAAUUGACAUAGCGAGUAUGUACUAUCUUCAAAAUCUUGAUCUUAGUUCAAAUUCACUGAACAGAGAGAUACCACCGCAGCUUGGACAAAUGAAACGGUUAGAAACCUUGAAUCUCUCUCACAAUUCUCUAUCCGGUUCCAUUCCAUCCACUUUCGAUGAAAUGUCAAGUUUGAUAUGGGUGAAUAUGUCCUACAACCAGUUGGAGGGUCCCAUUCCUGAUUCCAAAGCCUUCCGAGAGGCUCCAAUUGGCGCAUUCAAAAAUAACAAAGGCUUGUGUGGUAAGGCCACUGGUCUGAAGCUUUGCCCAAUCACCUCCCAAAAACCAAAAGCCAAAUAGAGCAACAAAGUCAACAUAUUGACUAUACUUGUCUCUCUUUUCUGUACCCUGUUUCUUCUGUCCAUCAUUUUUGGAAUCCUCUACAUUCGUCACAGAAGAGGGAGGGGAGAAGACAACUUGCCCACUCAUGAAACACAAAACAAUAAUCUUUUUGAAAUAUGGAGCUACGAUGGGAAACUAGUCUACGAGAAUAUCAUCGAAGCGACAGAGGAAUUUGACUCCAAACAUUGCAUUGGAGAGGGAGGAAGUGGAAGCGUUUACAAGGCAGAGUUAAGAAGUGGUCAGGUUGUUGCCGUGAAGAAGCUUCAUGCAAAUGCCAACAGUGAGAUAUCUCAUCACAAAGCUUUUACGAGUGAGAUCAAUACGCUCACACAAAUAAAACAUCGUAACAUCGUAAAGCUUUAUGGAUACUGUUCGCAUCCACGACACUCAUUCUUGGUUUACGAGUUCUUGGAAGGAGGAAGUCUGCGAAGUGUACUACAUAAUGAGGAAAAGGCAAGAGCUUUUGAUUGGAGUAAAAGGGUAAAUGUUGUCAAAGGUGUUGCAAAUGCCCUAUUGUAUUUGCAUUUUGACAACUCACCGCCUAUUAUCCACCGAGAUAUAUCAAGCCAGAAUAUUCUACUAAAUGAAGAACACAAUGAGGCUCAUGUCUCCGACUUCGGAACUGCUAGAUUUCUCAAACCCUACUCAUCAAACUGGACUUCAUUUGCAGGAACUUUUGGAUAUGCUGCUCCAGAACUUGCCUAUACUAUGGAAGUGAAUGAGAAAUGCGAUGUUUAUAGUUUUGGAGUAGUGAUCUUGGAAAUACUUAUGGGGAAGCAUCCCGGAGAUCUGAUAUCAUCAAUAUCAUCAUCCUCAUCAUAUGCAUUAGGCCAUGAUGAUGAAGCGGCACUAAAACUCAAGGAUAGUUUGGACCAACGGAUCUCAGCUCCAACAGCUGAUAAAGAAGUUGCCAGGGAAGUGGUUUGCCUUGCCAAGAUUGGACUCGCAUGCUUAAAUGGCAAUCCAAGAUGCCGUCCAACAAUGAAAGAAAUUUCCCAUGAGAUGUCGACUCAACUCAAAGGCUGUAUUAUUCAAAGUCAUUCCCUCAAAUUACAUUAGGAGACCUACUUGGUGAUCAUCAUCCCAGUGCUUCCACUUCCUGAGUGCCUGUGUCUUCUGUUUUAUCAUGUAUUUCAUGCCCAUUUUGUAUGUUUCUAGAAACUAGUUUUUGGUUACAAUAUUGUUUUUGCGGUAAGAAAAACUUACAUAUCUGUAAUGUGUCCUUAAUAUUGUUGAUUAAUAUUGCAAUUGAGUACAUUAGUGGUUUUUGGAUUAACUAGAUGCAAUGGAAGCCUUUGGAUUU